ACGAUUCAAUGGUCAUAAUCUAUGAGUGUUUGUUGACCUCUUCACUUCCGCAACACUUUUGCUUCACUUUCAAUUCACUUCUCAAUUACUUUUCACUUACUUCUACCUUACUUCUACCGGUACAACACUUUGCUGCUAUUUUCUUCGGAGCGAGGCACAUAUGAGUGUUGUUCAUCAGUCUGCUCAUUCGGUAUAGCCUGUCCAUUAUCUUCCAAUCAUCUCCCGAUUGAUACACAAAUUCAACACAAAUCUUCUGUUUCCGAUCAACAAAAAUGCCGCCCUUCGUUCUUCUACUCCUCAUGGCCGUGUUGUUUGUCAGCACAAUGGCAUCGGCCGAACAGAAUGUUGUUGACGACAACGGGAUGGUCUUACAAUACCGUCAUGCUCGCGAAGAAUUUGCUGCCGACUUAGCCGCUCAGAAACCUUUGAGAACAUCUAUGUCGAGCGUUGGCACGAUGUUUAGAACGAAGACGGUCGAUUGGGAUGGGAUGGCUUCUACUUCAACUUCUACCUCAACUUCUACCUCGACUUCUACCUCGACUGACACAAUCAUCCCUGAUGAAACCGUCACCAGCACCAUCAUUCCUGAGGGCUGUGUCGUAAGCUACAUAACCUCAACCCCAACCAGCACGUCCACCCGUCCAGAUAUCCUUAUCGACUCUGCCAUCACACGAAGUAUCGCCGUCGUGACCAAUGGAACUGCCACCCGCACCGAGAGUUGGUUCGCUUCUGGCUCCGAGUGCUUCCCGCCGGCAGCUCCUUCACCUCAGACAUGUCUCAAUGCAGAACUACUUGAGAGAGCCGAGGCACUCUGGAAGGGACACACUGAACAUGACAAACUCAAGGCUCGUGAAAAGCAGCUCAUGGAGAAGGAGGAAGCACUGUUGGCUGGAUUUCAAGUCCUUCACGAAAGCAUGCAACAUCACGAGGAUUUGAUGCAAAAGUUCCAUCACCACGGCGUUGAGCUGCUGGAAUGGGCUACUCGGCUCAAGGAAGCCCAAGCUAAUCUGCAAUGGGAGAAAAACAAGAUCGCUACUUUCAGUACCUUCUUCUCCAGAGCCUGGAUGGAAUGGUUUGAGCCUCUGGUGGCAUAUCUGUGGUCGCUCGGGUGGGAGGUGGUAGGAAGAGCCUGGGCGAAGAGAUGGUGGAUCAGAAGAGUUUGAGAUUGUGCGUUCGAUCGGUUCAAAGUGGUAUCCGUAUGUCGCAUCAGCGUAUGAUAAUAAUUGGAGGACUGAGUGUUGCAAUGGGAGCAGUAGGACUAACGGAUUGUGAGGCAUGAUGAGAGCUCACCUCGGCCAAGUUAACGAGGAGAGAGCUUCACACAGAGUAGCUAGGAGCAACACAGAAACCACAGAGAAAGGCACCGUGAACAAGAGACAAACAGCAAGUCAAGAAAGUACGAC